GUGGUCUGCACACUAGGGGGAAAAGGCAGUGAGAAAGUUGCAAAUCAGGUUUUUGUAAAGCCUUUGUGUGUUGGGUUUGAGAGAUAAAAGCUGACUCAUGCAAUAUUUCCAUGGAAGGCGCUGCAGGGACUAGUAAAAGCUUCUCGUUUUACCUGACUGAGCACCCAGUGAGGUCACUGCACGAGGCAGACGAUGUGCUUCAGCCGAAAUGGAGCACAGAUGGGCACCGGCUGCAUCCUGAAGUGCCAUCAGCUGUAACAGAAGUUCCCCAUCCUGAAACAACAGCUGAAGGUUCCCUGUCCCCUGAACCAAAGACCAUGGAGCUCUCUGACAGUGACAGACCCAUCAGCUUCGGCUCCACCUCAUCCUCAGCCUCUUCCCGCGACAGCCAUGGCUCCUUUGGCAGCAGAAUGACCUUGGUUUCAAAUAGCCACUUGGGCUUGUUUCACCAGGAUAAGGAAGCAGGGGCCAUAAAACUGGAGCUGGUUCCAACCCGGCCAUUUUCCAGUAGCGAGCUGCAGAAGGACACCCCUGCUGGGCCACAGAACAUGGAUGAGGGCAGCGAGAAGCAGCCCAGGACCCCGUGGAGAGUGGACGCAAAUGGGGCGCCCCCAACAACUGCAGACUCGGCCACCAGCCCCAAGCUCCUCUACGUGGAUAGAGUAGUGCAGGAGAUUUUGGAGACGGAAAGGACUUACGUGCAAGAUUUGAAAAGCAUCGUAGAGGAUUACCUCGACUGUAUCAGGGACCAGGCGAAACUUCCCCUGGGGACCGAAGACAGAGCUGCCCUUUUUGGAAACAUACAGGACAUCUAUCACUUCAAUAGUGAACUUCUGCAAGAUUUAGAAAACUGUGAAAAUGAUCCUGUGGCCAUCGCAGAAUGUUUUGUGUCCAAGAGUGAAGAGUUCCACAUUUAUACCCAGUAUUGCACCAACUACCCAAGGUCAGUGGCCGUGCUGACUGAGUGCAUGCGGAACAAGAUGCUGGCCAAGUUCUUCCGGGAACGUCAGGAAACUCUGAAACACUCGCUUCCUCUGGGGUCCUAUCUCCUGAAACCAGUUCAGCGGAUUCUCAAGUAUCAUCUCCUUUUGCAUGAAAUAGAAAAUCACCUCGACAAGGACACAGACGGCUAUGACGUGGUGCUUGAUGCUAUAGACACUAUGCAGCGAGUGGCCUGGCACAUCAACGACAUGAAACGGAAACACGAACAUGCAGUCCGGUUACAGGAGAUACAGAGUUUGCUCACGAACUGGAAGGGGCCAGACCUGACCAGCUAUGGGGAGCUGGUGCUUGAGGGGACCUUCCGCAUCCAGCGGGCCAAGAAUGAGCGCACACUCUUCCUCCUUGACAAGCUGCUUCUCAUCACCAAGAAAAGGGAUGACACGUUUACAUACAAAGCUCACAUCCUGUGUGGCAACCUCAUGCUCGUGGAGGUGAUACCAAAGGAGCCGCUCAGCUUCAGCGUCUUCCACUACAAGAACCCCAAGCUGCAGCACACAGUUCAGGCUAAGUCCCAGCAAGACAAGCGCCUCUGGGUUCUGCACCUGAAGAGAUUGAUCCUGGAGAACCACGCCGCAAAGAUUCCGGCUAAGGCCAAGCAAGCAAUACUUGAAAUGGAUGCUAUCCAUCAUCCAGGCUUCUGCUACAGCCCUGAGGGAGAGGCAAAAGCAUCCUGUGGCUCUAGAGAAGGUGCUACACCCUAUCGGCUAAGAAGAAAAUCUGAACCUUCCUCAAGAUCACAUAAAGUUUUGAAGACCAGCGAAACGGCACAAGACAUCCGAAAGGCUUCUCGAGAGGAAGGCUCUCCCCGGCGGACUCCUGCAGGGCCCUCUCCCGCCCAAAGGAACGGUCAGCCAGGCAGUUCUGGGGGGAGCAGCCUGCUUCGUGGGGGCGGCGCCAUCAGAAGCAUCUGGACCGAUCACCAGAUCAGGCAAGCCUUGUUCCCCAGCCGCAGGUCCCCGCAGCACGAGGAUGAUGAAGACGAUUACCAGAUGUUCGUUCCAUCCUUUUCCUCCUCGAACUUGAACUCAGCCCGACUGUGUGAAGAGAGCACUUCAAGUCGCCCUUGCAGCUGGCAUAUGGGACAGAUGGAGUCCUCAGAGGUCUCCAGCUCUGGCCACAGGAUUGUCCGGCGGGCCAGUAGUGCUGGCGAGAGUAACACAUGCCCUACUGAACUAAGAAUUAGGGACGGCAAUGGCUCUCAGUACAGUCCCCGAAGGGAACUGCAGAAUGGCCCUCCAAGAGAAGGACAGGCAGGGAUGACCCCCUUUGGGUCAUCUAUAGAGUUGACAAUUGAUGAUAUAGACCAUGUCUAUGAUAACAUAAGUUAUGAGGACUUAAAGUUAAUGGUUGCUAAACGGGAAGAAGCUGAAUUUACUCCCUCCAAAUCGGCCAAGGACUCUGUUCGUCCCAAGAGCACCCCAGAGUUAGCCUUCUCAAAGAGGCAAGCUGGCCAUAGUACCAGUUCUCUACACGCCAAAAGAGACGGAGCCCCCACCAGUCAAGAGGCAUCUAACCAAAGCACCCAGGAGCUCCAGGUGGUGGAGGAGAACAUCUAUGACACGAUCGGGCUCCUGGACCCGCCGCCUCCGGAUUUCAAGAGCAGCAGCCUGAAGCGGUCCAAGAGGAGCACCUUUCUGGGUCUGGAAGCCGACUUUGCAUGCUGCGACAGCCUGAGACCAUUCGUGUCCCAAGAUAGCCUCCAGUUCAGCGAGGAGGAUGGGCCUUACCACCAGGGGCCCCCCGACAGUGAUUAUCUGAGUCUGCUGUACAACUCUUCCAAUGGCAACGUGUCCGUGGCGGAUAAGGCUCUGUCUGACAAACUGUCUGAGGAAGUAGAUGAAAUCUGGAAUGACCUAGAAAAUUACAUCAAGAAAAAUGAAGACAAAGCUAGAGACCGUCUCCUGGCAGCAUUCCCCGUAAGCAAGGAUGACGUCCAAGACAGGCUGCACGCUGAGAGCACCCCCCAGCUGCACAGAGACGCGGGGCGCUCCACGUCCACCCUGUCCCUGCCCGAGAGCCAGGCCUUCCUCACACCCGUGAAGAGCAGGGUCAGCAGGGCGAGCCGGGCCAACUACCCGCUUGAAGAAGACCUGAUUUCCACGGAAGGCUCCUUCCUAAGUCUUAACCGACUGUCCUUGGCCAGCGAAAUGCCCCCGGUGGACAGUCCCUACGACUCGGCCAACAGCAGCCUGCCCCAGCCAGACCUGGAAACCUCCGACCCUGGGGUGGAGGCCACAGAUAAGACGAAAAGCAGGGUCUUCAUGAUGGCGAGGCAGUACAGUCAGAAGAUCAAGAAGGCAAAUCAGCUUUUAAAAGUGAGGAGUCCAGAGCUGGAGCAGCCGCCAGCCGGUCAGCAUCACAAAUCCACACACAAAGACCUGGCAGCCAUCCUGGAGGAGAAGAAGCAGGGCGGGCCUGCGAUUGGUGCCAGGAUUGCUGAGUAUUCCCAACUGUAUGACCAGAUUGUCUUCAGGGAGACACCCCUUAAAAUUCAGAAGGAUGGCUGGGCCAGGACACAGGAACCCUCCUUCCUCAGGUCCUCGUCACCUUCCCAGGCCCAACAUGGUGGCGAGGAUUGGCUCUGGCAUUCAACUUAUAGUAAUGGAGAGUUAGUAGAUUUCUGUCCCCGACCAGAGCAAGACUUGAAGUCAAGGUAUCCCACGUUAGAUAUUGGUAUCAAAAGUACCCCCAGACAGUUGUCUUCAGCUUGCUCUGUGCCUUCUCUUCAAAUCUCCGACCCUCUGCUGGGCUCUAUGCAGAGAUGCAGUGUGGUGGUAAGUCAGCCCCACAAAGAGAACUCAAGUCAGGGCCAUCUUUACAACUCACUGGGUCGGAAAGGAAUCAGUGCUAAAUCCCAGCCUUAUAACAGGUCCCAGUCUUCUUCCUCCAUCUUGAUAAACAAGUCAAUGGACUCCAUCAACUACCCUAGCGAGAUGGGAAAGAAACAGCUGCUGUCCUUACACCAAAGUGCAAGGUGUGAGAGCCACCAGGAUCUGCUGCCGGGUAUAGCUGAUUCAUGUCAGCAGGGUGCUGAAAAAUGCUCUGACCUCACACUCCAAGACUCACAGAAAGUUCUGGUAGUAAACAGAAAUUUACCUUUAAAUGCCCAAUUAGCGACACAGAACUAUUUUUCCAAUUUCAAAGAGACUGAAGAUGAAGACGACUAUGUGGAAAUAAAGUCUGAAGAAGAUGAGGUGGAGUUGGAGCUAUCACAGAGUCGCAGAAGGAAAUCUGACUCGAAGAUCGUGGAGGCUGACUUUUCUGAUAAUGUCUGCGGCAAUAACCCACCUUACUCCUUGAAUAAUUCCCGCACUCCAAAAGAGCCCAUAAACAGCAAACUUGGGCUUUCACCGUAUCUGACAGCAUAUAGUGAUUCUGACAAACUGAAUGAUUACCUUUGGAGGGGGCCGUCACCCAAUCAACAAAAUAUUGUCCAGUCCCUAAGGGAGAAAUUUCAGUGUCUUAGUUCAAGUAGCUUUGCCUAAGGUUCUUAGUAAUAGCUGCCUGAACUAACUUCCUCUUACACUCAUAAAUUACAGAUACUGAUAGGUUUUGUAUGUAUCAAAUUUAAACAAUUUUGUAAUAACCAGAGGUGUAAAAUAUACUUUCUUUUACAGCCCAACUUUUGAGCCGGCUGACCAUACAGCCAGGAUUAUACUUUAGUAAAUGUCAGCAUUGAACAAUAUCUUCUACUCUGAUGCUGAUUGUCUUCAUUUUCAUGUAAGUCAAUCUUACUUGAACUUUUUUAGGCUUUUUUUGGUAACAUGAUUUUUUUUUUUUCCAUAUCCUCACACUAGUGCCCACACUUUAACAAAUGUAGUAACCUGCUCCAAAUCCCAAGUAGUUGUAUCCUAACAAAGGCAGCAAGGAGACUUUUUCAUACUUUGAAAGAAAGGAAGUAAAGCUGUUUAAAGAGUCAUACUUGUAGCUGGCAUCUUUGUUACGGUGGUGACGAGACCCUAGAAUAACUUCUGCCAGAGAUCUCUCAUUAGAAUGUUGUCUCCAUGCCUCUUUUAGGAUUUCCAUGCUGGAAUUCCUGUAUCAUUUCAUUUCAAUGCAGAAAUUGUGUGACUAGUGGAAACUAAAAAUGUGGAAGGACCAAUUCACUGUAUGUACAAGCCUUUACCUGUCUUCCUGGACAAGUCCUGGCGAAUGUGCUGCUGAUCGUGUUGAUGGUAGGUUUUCUAGGGUGCAGUGAAUGAUUUCCCUCAUGGCUUAAAGAAAACCAAAUUCCAUGAAGCGCAAACUGACUUAACUGUUAGAAAGAUGGAAAGACUUGUGGGAACAACUUGGUUAUCAAUUCCUAUUACUGUUGAAGGGGAGGGUUCAACCAAAACACCUUACCAUGCCAUUGUGUGUGCCUAUCUCUAAUUAAUGGGAAAUAAAUAAACCAUAAGUGAAAAUCAGGCAUGGCACUUUGAAGUCACCCUUUCUAGAGGAUUUUUCCAUAGGCACCUUCUUGAGUUCUGGACUCUGCCAGUGACCUGCUGGAUCCUACCCUGAGGCAUCAUGGCUAAAGGAAAGGGCAAGAACUUAUUUUCCAAACAAUACAUAACAUGGGAGCCUAUCUUCACUAUUUUGAGGUCUAUGAAAGAACAAGAACAAAACAAGAACCAAAGAACAAAGUCUUUGGUUACUGGGUUCUGGAUAAUAACAUCUUUUAUGCUAUAAUUAUACUUUAUGAAGCAUUUCAUUGUGAUAUUAUAUACAAAUUUAACUCCUUAUGGAAGGAAACAGAAGACCAAAAGCAUGACAUUGUAAGUAAAAAGAAAAAUCAAAGAAGCUCAAGAGAAAAAUGAAGGCAGAUUUAUUGCUACCUUAUAAAAAUAUUCCAUGAAUGCAAUGAGAAUAUUUUCUUGCAGUGCCCUUCAUAUUCUCAAUUUCAGCAGUUAUACAUCUUGUGAGCCUUCUUUGCCCUGAUUCCUUUUAAAUUUUAUUCUCUCUUUAUUCUAAUUAAAAACCAGUCAUUUCCAUUUUAAAAGAUACACUGAUAUGUGUAGGGAAAGGGGCCUGGGCUUUUCAUUUAAAGGAUAGCACUAAUUAAAUCAGUGACAUCUUCCCAUAAUUCUUUUCCUCUUUUUAAGUCCUAUCUGUUAACUUAAAACAUAAAAUGUAACCAUUUUCAUUUUAUAAAUAGUUACCUAAAGCAUUUUUUCCAUUUUAAAUAACGACAACAAAUUAACCCAGGUCUAUUGUUCUUUAAGCAUUUCUGUCUUCUUGUAUCUCCUAAAACGAAGUCCAGGGGUGGGGUGUGGCUCUGUGCUGGAACACUUGCCUAGCAUGCAUGAGGCUCUGGGAUUGAGCCCCAACACUGCCAAAGAUAGGGGGAAAGUCCAUAUUAAAUAGUAUGGUUCUGGAAACAUUCCUUUUUUAAUUGAUUUUAUUUAAACCUGAUGUGAGUUUUCAAGAUUAGCAGCAUCCAAAAGACAAGCACCGAAGAGAGUACACUCUUAGAUUUGCUAGAAGCGUAGUGCAUUUAUAUUACUUAUUUAAAAGAAAGCAAAACACAAAGUUAUCUGAUUCUUGUCCAGGAAUGCAGUUUUCCAUUUUUGCAUUUUUGUCUGAAUGAACCAAAUUCUCCAAGGUCCAUAGUACUAUUGUGCCCAAGUCUCAGAAUUAUUCAUGGUUCACACCAGUGUCUUGUUGCAUGGCUUUGAUGUUACCUAUAGGAACACACUCUGCUACGCAAAGGUGGAUGUUUCACUGUAUGACAUGUCUAUGUGGUCCUCUGGAUUCUAAGACAAAUCUGUAGUUUUAUAGAUCAUUCUUGUGGGCCAGGAUGCCGAUUUUGACAACUGUGUGUAUAUACAUAGUAUGUUUGUCUGUUUCCCCAAAGUUAUCAAUUAAGUGCUUUUGUAGUUUCUUUUGGAGGUGGGUGGGGAUGUAUAUAACUGGGAGGAAAAAGUUAUCUGUACUUAAAGGUUCUUCUUAGGUUCCUCUAUGGAAGGGUCAAAUUUUUUUUAUAAGUUAACUUUUCACCUACUCUAUUCUUUUGUGGGGGAAAAUGCACCUAGGAAAACAUAGUUUAAAUACUGUAUAUAAGAUAAUGAAAGUUAGUAAUGCCCACUAUUUAAUAAAGUUUGUAAAGUGUAA